AGCCUGAUGUGUCAGGGGUCCGCCCGGCCCCAUAUCGAUUGUAGUGACUGCCAUGGAGGAGCGCAGCAUCGCGGCAGUUGUAGCAGCAGCACGCGCGAUGACAGGCAAACCUGCCAGGGCUUCGGAUCAUGACUUGGUGGAAUGGUUCAAAGAGCAGGAGGUCUCCUCCGAACAGGAUUUCUUGAAGUUGUCAGAAAGUGCGUGGUCCUUUGUGAAGCAUGCUCCCGGGGCUUCAUUGGUUCUACUUGAUGCACUUGAUCACCUCCGUCAAACUCGACCAAAGGAGAAACUAACUGACAAGAAUAGUGAAGGUCCCAUUCUUCCAGGAUCCAAAAGUGUGGUCGAGAUGGAAGUCCAUGGCUUUAUUGGUAUCAUUACAAUGUGCAACGAAAGCAAACGAAAUGCACUCAGCCAGAGGGUGUGCGACGAACUCAGCGCGUUGCUCGAUCGCUGUUGCGCUGCUGGUGUGCGUGUCGUCAUUUUGAGAUCAUCGCCCGGUGUGAAAGUCUGGAGUUCAGGCCAUGACGUUCGAGAUUUUAAAAGGGUUGAUGGGUCAAAUGCCCAAAGUUUCGGCAAAAGCAAAUUUCAGGACCCUCUCUCUUGCGAAGACUCCUUUGUGAAGCUACUUGAUCGGAUUCGGAACUUGCCUGUGCCAGUCAUCGGGUCCAUCGAGGGCACGGUUUGGGGUGGUGCAACGGACAUUUGUGCUUGCUGUGACGUCCUCAUUGCAACCCCUCAGACUUCUUUCGCAAUUACUCCCGCCAAAAUCGGGCUGCCCUACAAUCACUCUGGCAUGUCUCAUUUCAUCCAGGUCAUGCCUCUGCACAUUGUCAAGUGGAUGUUCUUCUCAGGGGAACCCAUUUCUGCUGAUCAAGCCCUCCAGAUUGGUUUUGUUAAUGACAUCGUUCCCAUGGAACGCUUAGAGAAGAGGACACAAGAGAUGGCGGACAUUAUUGCAUCGCGUGCACCCUUGGUGGUGCAUCUGCUGAAGAGGCAGCUUCUUUGCAUGAGCCCCCAGCCGUCGCUCACACCUGAGGUGUUCGAGGAGCUUCAUGAAAAGCGCAAGAAGACCUGGUCCAGUAACGACAUGGAGGAAGGUGUGCAAGCGUUCUUCUCCAAGCGUCCGCCUCACUUUCGGGGAAACUGAGGACGCCCAGCUUUGUCAUUUCUUUUCCAUUCACAGCCCUCUAAAGGUGAGGGCCAUGUUCACGUUGUUCAGGUGCCUCGCUUAAGUGCCUGGCACAUGUUUCAGAAUGUUUCAUCUCUUCAAGCCGCUCAGAAAGCUUGGAC